AUGGACCCCAACACUGGCUAUCCCGCUGGCUAUCCCGUGCCGACUCAGACUCCUCCAAACCAAAUGUCUUUUUACCCCAAUUCGAUUCCCCAGUACCCCCAGUCUAAGACGCCUCUUCAGCCUGUCCAACAACAGCAGCAGCAGCAGCAGCAGCAUUCCUUUGGUGCCAUGCCCAUGCAGCCAGGCGGCCCUGGGGGAGCUAUGAUGCCCACUGGCUUUCCCCCACAGACAUCUGUGUCGAUGGACACUUUCACCUCGCCUUUCACUCAGCCUCCCCUCCCCGCAAACAUCACCCCUUUCUCUCAGCCAGGCACCAUGCCCAACGGACCCUCAGCUGUCCAACAGGCCUUCUCCCAAAAUAUGGCCUCGAUCCAACAAAACAACCUCCUCGCUAACCAACCGAAGCCACCUCAUAUGAACUCUCCCCAGAUACCCCAAACCGGAACUCCAACACAGGCCCAGUCACCUGCUCAGUAUCAAGCCCAAGCUCAGGUACAAGCUCAAAUAGCGGCUCGCGAGAAGGCCCGCGUUACAACCCUGCUCGACAUCAACUCAACCUUGUUGCAGGAGGUGGUCAACCUACAAGCGUCCGGCAAGGCAGGCACUGCUUCCCCCGGUGAUGCGAACGCGUCACCAACGGAUCAGGGCGGAGAGGCUGCUAAGGUGCAGAGCACUAAGCCAAGUCAAGAAUACAUUGAGUGCAUGCGCCGACUACAGGCCAAUCUGGCUUACCUUGCCACCAUAGCCGAUCGUGCCAAAAAGUCCGGCGGUGUUGCUCCCCAAGCACCAGCGAUCAUGACGCCUCCUCCGAAUCUCCCUGCCGUUCACGAGCUGUAUGCCAAGUUGAAUGAGCUAUUCCCACGAGCCGGCAAGACCUCGACACCUCAAACACUCAGCCCAGGAGCCAUGCAGGGUAACGGUGGACCUAGUCCCUCGCCAGUCUCGGAAUCCGUUGUCUGA